GUGAAUGGACUCGGGCUCAAAUUCUAUUUCUUCCUAGAAUUAUUACCACGCGCCUAAAAGGGUAAGAAUUGUAUGAUUUCACAAGCUUCCCCUUCAACUCUGUACUCCUACUCGCCAAUUCACCGUUCUUCAUCAACAUACAUACAUCCAGGCCUUCGAACAUACAGGGCCGCCCCUGGCUGACAUUCUGGAUUGCUGGUACGAAAGAGGGGGUAUUUAUUUUGUUUACUUUGGGAACAUGCCGAAACAAUAUCCUGUUCUUGAUAACCGUCCCAUUAACAAGUGGAAGGUAGCAGAGCUGAGGGAUGAGCUUAAGAAGCGUAAUUUAGCUGUGAAGGGAUUGAAGGAUGACUUGGUGAAUAGAUUGGAUGAAGCAAUUCAGAAGGAAAGAGAAGCCCUUGAGAUGGAAGAAGAUGACAAGGGUUCUGAAAGUGAAAGUGAGACAAAAAGUAUGUCUUCUGAGUGUGAUAAAAAAGUUAAUGAAGCAGAAGAUAGUGUGCCUAAGGAUGAGACCAUGGAUUUACCUGAUGAAACAGACUCUACAAAAGGGAUAUACAAUGAUCAGAGUGGAAAGUCUGUUAGUUCUCCAACGGGAGGUGAAAGUAAAGGUUCAGGGACUCCUUUAGAAACCAUACCUUCUGUUAAUGCAAACGAGGGAAUCCAUGAUGGGAUAGCUUCAACUGAGUCAGUCCCACAAAGAGUAACAGGGGAGGAUGACGUAACCAAAUCUUCCCAUAAUGAUGACGUGGAAACAAAAAAAGUAUCUUCUGGGCCUGAUUUGUCUCAUUCAAGCACCACCCAAGUACAUGAUGUCAUCUCUAAUAUAGGGUCUCAAGUAGAAUCUGUUACAGGCGAUGCUCAAACUGGAAAUUCUAUUAAUUUUCCAACAGCUGGGGAAAGUAUAGAUUCAGAUGCUCCUUUGGUAAGUGAGGUAACCAUACCUUCAGCUGAUGCUAAUGAGGGAAUCGCUGAUGGGAUGGUUUCAACUGAGUCGGUGCCAUUAGGCAAAGUUGAGGGGGACGAGGUCAUCAAGUCUUCCCAAAAUAAUGAUGUGGAAACAAAAAUAUAUUCUGCCGAACCUGAUUUGUCCCACUCAACCACCACCCAGGUACAUGAGGUCAUCACUAAUUUAGGGUCUCAAGUAAAAUCUGACUCAAUUCCUACUGAUACUUUGCCGAUUUACUUAACAAAUGAACAUAACUAUGAUUUGAGUCCUGAUAAUGUCAUUUUAGAAAAAGAAAUUGAUAGGUCAGAAAUGGUUCUUCCAUCGUCCAACAAAGACCUCUCAGAUGUUGGCGUAGCUCAUCCAAUGGAUGCAAAAAUGCCAAGUGUGAGUCAUGGUCUUGUUGGAGGAACUGAUGACCAAAAGUCCCCAAAUGUGAACUUUAGCAUGAAAAAUGAAAAUGCAGACCAAUCUUUAGUAGUAGAUGCUCUCAUUAUAGAACAUAAUAAGGCUUCAAAUAGUACUGAGCUGCUGGAAAAGAAGGAAGCAUCUGAAGAAGAAAACAUUGGAGUUGGUGCGUCUACAAAGGAAGCUGAUCUUCAAGAUGUUUCCAUCAUAGAACACAACAUGAAUGAGACAGAUUCAAAUAGUACUCAGCUAUUGCAAGGUCUGUCAAAUGAUGGAAAGCUAAAUGAAGAUAAGUUUUCGUGUAAGGAGGAGUCAUCUGAACAAGGAAAAAUUGAUGUGGAUGUGUCUACCAUGGAAACCGAUUCUCAAGAGCUUAAAAUGGAUUGCAAGGCUUCAAACAGCAUCAAACUGCUGGAAGAAAGUGCGAGUGAAGCUUUGUCUUCAUUUCAAGAGAAGGAAUCAUCUGAAGAAGAAAAAAUUGAAGGAGAGAAAAUUGAUGUUGAUGCUUCUACCAUGAAAACCGAUUCUCAAAAGCACACCAUGGAUGAUAAGGCUACAAAUAUUACUGAGAAACUGGAACGGCUUUCAAAAGGUGGAGGUCUAGCUGAAGAUAAUUUUCAGUGUAAAGAGACCGAUUCACCGGGGAAAGAAGAAGUUGAUGUUGCUGCUUCUGUCAAGGAAGCUAAUUUUCAAGCGGAAGGUGAAUCUACUGAUAUUGCGGAAGGAGAUAAUCUUGAAAAAAUAAACCUCGACCAGUCUUCUCCAGAUGAUUCCAUGGACGAGGACAUAGCUGACCCAAAGAACAUUGAUUCUGAGCACAUCUCCUUUGAAGUGUUAGGUAAAAAGACAGAAGAACCCCUUACUAAGAAACCUGAAGUUGAGGUUGAAGGUAGUAUUAGUGCUACAAUGCUUGACAUUUCUUCUGAUGCAUGUCAAGUUUCUCUUGGAGAUCAGAAAAACAUACUAGACUUACCUGACAAGAGAAAAUUUCAAGACGCAGUGGCAGCAGGAAACAAGGAACCUGCCAAAAGGCAGCGUAAAUGGAACUAUGAGUCUGUAAAGGCAUCUGAACCAAAAAGUCCCAGUGUCUUGCUCCUCACACCCAAGCAAAUCUCCGAGCCAAAUAUCACUGGCAGUGGCUCUGUGGUCAAGGCUGAUUCCCCAAUGGAGCGCAUUGUUCCAGAGUCAUCAAGAGUGCCUACCGAUUCUCUCAGAAUUGAUAACUUUCUGAGGCCUUUCACAGUGAAAGCUGUGCAAGAGCUUUUAGGGAAAACUGGGAAUGUUUGCAGCUUCUGGAUGGACAAUAUCAAGACCCAUUGCUAUGUCACGUUUUCUUCCGUGGAGGAAGCUAUAGAGACUAGAAAGGCGGUUUAUGGCCUUCAAUGGCCCACAUAUGGAGGUCGUUGCCUGAUUGCCGAUUUCGUGGACCCACAGGAUGUGAAGGCACAGCUUGUGGCUGGCCCUUCCAACCCAACUGCUCCUCCAGUAAGCAGCACUCCAGCAAUCCCCUCUCCAGUCCAAACUUUGCCUCAGCCUGCCUUGCCACCAGCCAGGCAACCGAGUGGUCCCUGGGAGCAAGUUGAAAGACCCCAUCCGCUCUCCCGACAGCCACCUGCUCAUGACCACCGGUCCACAAUGAAAGAGAGGGUUGCUAGACCGCCUUCACCUGCUGCUCCCAAAACAGAAACACCACCCAUGCCUACUUUGGAUGACCUGUUUAGGAAAACGAAAGCCACCCCUCGGAUAUACUAUCUACCACUGACGGAUGAACAAGUAUCCAUAAAGCUCAACACACAAAAGGAAAGCAAGUAGGUUUUGCAUUUGGAGAGUCAAGCGGGUAACUUGUAUGCAAUAAAAUCACCAUUAGGUGGAGGGCUUAAAAUGUAAUCCAAAAUAGAUUGCCUAUUUGUGAUUAUUCUUAUUAUUAAACUAAUAGUAGGCAUAGUGUUAGAAGUUUUGGUUUUUAGUUUUGACUUCUGAACUUCAUGGAACCACAUACUAUUUGGUUUUGGUGGUUUAAACCUAUGCUUACUUGACAUUCUUCUUAUUACUGUGAUAGUGUGAUAUAUUAAGAAACAAUUAGCAGCAAUAUGUUUGGAAACUAUAUUACCAGUGUACAACUAUGAUCGAGGUUCCUUGGCAUAUGCGACGUAUAGA